ACCAUCGUUGGUACCUCUUCAACUGGUCUACCGGAUUGAACCCGUUACACUCAAUGAGGCUCUCAGCUAGACACAGGCACAUACUGGUGUCAUCGGUCCACUGUCCUGGUGACAGGUUGUACCGCCCACCACCCGUCAUACCGGUGACCGGGGGAAAGGACCCGGGAGGCAUGAAUUCAACCGGUGUACCAAUAGCAUCACCCACAGCUAGACCGACCAGACAACCGAGGACUCUACUCUGGGUGGAGAGUGGGACAUUGGUGGCCGCCAUCUUUAGCUUUAUUUAUUUAGACCACGCCUGCAUAGGUACACCCACUCAUAAUUACAGGCGUGGCUAUAAAAGGUGUGGUUUGCCUAUUCAUGAUCAGAUUGAUAGCUGUCAGUGUCAAAAGGAGAUCAUAAUGGCUACUAACAGUUCUACCUCCUUACAGAGACUUGCUGGAGAGCUGAAGAGCCUUCACCAGGAGCCGGUGGAGGGGUUCCUAGUCACCCUACCCGCCGAAGAAGACCUUUAUACCUGGCACGUAGCUAUAUUCGGGCCUCCGGACACUCCGUAUCAAGGAGGAUACUUUAAGGCUGAAAUGAGGUUCCCACAAGAGUAUCCUUAUUCUCCGCCUCGACUCAAGUUUUUAACUCCUUUGCUCCAUCCUAAUGUCUACUCUGAUGGUGAGUUGUGUGUGUCUAUUCUGCAUUCGCCAGGCGAGGACAUGUUGAGUGGUGAGUUACCUCAGGAAAGAUGGAACCCGACACAAAGUGUGAGGUAUGGAUACCUGCUGUUAGAGAGGUGUAUGAAGAGGUCGGUCUUGAUAUAAAAGACGUCAUAAAACCCGACCAGUACCUACAGGUGAAACACAAGGACAUGGACUCCAGAAUGUACAUCAUUACUAAUGUAUCUGAAGAUACUGCCUUCCAACCUGUGGCCAGGAAGGAAAUAAGAAGGAUCCAAUGGUUUAACUUGAAAGAACUUCCAUCGCAUAAAAAUGAUGAAACGUCUAAAAAUCAUUUAAAACUAAGCGCCAACAAAUUCUAUGUGGUAAUACCAUAUAUAGGGUAAGUAAUAUCAGUGUU